AUGGCUUGCCGAUGCCAGCACUGCCGCCCAGAGUGGCUGGGGAAUGGCUGGUGGUGCCCUCAGGCGCCGCGGGUGCAGAUGCUGCCCGCCCAGCCCUUGCCGAGAGGCGGUAGGAUUGGCCAGCAGGGGCCCUUGCAGGAAGGUGCUCUCGACCCCUCUGAUGCAGACUUGAGGGAAGCGUUGGAAGCAUCUCUCCGCAGUGCCGAAGAGGACCGCCUCUUCCAGGAAGAACUGUCCCGGGCCAUCCGUCAAUCGAUGGAGGAUGCCGGUUCGCUCACGGCUUCUGGGUCCCAAAUUCCACAAGCACCCGAAACCCCGUCUCAAGCACCAGAGACGUGCAUAAUCUGUCUGGAGCAGAAGAUCUGUGGCAUCUGGUGUUGCUGCGACGAGCCCUCUGCUGCACACUUCUUGUGCUCGGGUUGCCUGCCGCUCUAUGUGCGCAGUGAGCUUCAAAGUGACGAAGAGAGUGGCAGGCGCUUGAUGGAAAGGCGGGCGUUCGGGCAUUGCGUUCGCUGUCCCAGUGGUCGGAGCAGCGAUUGCCAAGGGUUCCUGCAACUGGAGGCCCUAAGGCCACGCGUGCCCACGGAGCUCUGGUCACAGCUGCAAGCAACUGCUGAGGCAGAUGAGAACCACCGCCAGUGGCAGCUCCAACACGACCGCGAGGAAGAUCCUGAAGUGCUACGUGAGUCCCUGCUCCGCUCAAUGCCCAAUGCCGUGCAGUGUGCGGGCUGCGGCUACGGGCCCAUCGACCACAUGGCCUGUCAAGAUCUGGAUGCCCAUCAUGGGGAGUGGCAGGGCAGCACCCAGAUCUCCAACCAGUGCCCUCGCUGCGGCUGGUGGCAGCACGACAUUCGCCAAUGGCCGCGCUGGGCGGGCGUUCUCGACAUGGCGUGCAAUGAGGAACGUACAGCAGCAUGCAGUGAACAGUGA